UCUAUUCUAUAUAGCAGGAAUAUAGCCAUCUAAGAUCAUGCAGAAUAACAUUGGAACGAUGCAAUCAUUUGAUUCCGAUGGAGACCCGCACGGUAUUUCCCAACGGUGGCAACGUUGGAGACGUUCAUUUAAAUUAUAUUUGACUGCCAAGGGAACGACGGAAGAUAGCUCCAAGAAAGCUUUGCUUUUGUUCACCGCUAGUGUGAAGUUUGUUUGUAGGUUACGUCAAAGUGCAACAACAUGUGGCUUCGAUGAUAAAGAAGAUGAUCACAUACGGGACCAAGUGAUUGAUAAUUGUCGGUCCAAUUCCAUGCGACGAAGAUUUCUCGAAAAGGUAAAUCUCGAAUUGAGUGAUUUGCUGAAAAUUGCAAGGGCAAUGGAAGCUGUUGAUCUUCAGGCAAAAGCAAUUGAAACUGACGCAGAAUCGCACCAGGUGAAUUUAGUAAAUAAUCCAAGCCUUUAUACAUCUGUUACAGGGAAGGAAAGGGAAUGUUACUCUUGUGGCCGAAUCGGACAUUUUUCCAGGGAUAAGAUGUGCCCAGCAAGAGGUAAACGAUGCUCAAAAUGCGGAAGAAUGGGACAUUUCAAAGUUCGAUGUGGUAAAUUUCGAGGUAAACCUGCACGGCAACAAGGACAUAAUGAGCGAUGCCGAAACCAACCGAGAAUAAAUAAAAACGGUAAGCGGUUGAAUGAUACGAAUUGUGUUGAUUGUUCGAAUGACGAAAAUAGUGAGUUUACAUUCACCGUGAGAGAUCACAAUUCCUACCAUGAUGGAAUAAUUACUUUAAAUGUUGGAGGAGUUAAUUUGUCGAAUGUAAUAAUUGAUUCGGGUGCUUGCCGAAAUUUCAUGGGAAGCAAUACUUGGGAAUGGCUGAAGAGUGAGAGAAUUGUGUGUAAUUCGAGAAAAUGCUCGAUACCAUCACUCUACGCUUAUGGAAGUACUAAACCACUUCAGGUCUUAGGUACGUUUACUGCUAAUGUUUUCGUUUUGAAUAAUGAAAGUAAAUGUCGGGCUGAUUUUGUUGUUGUCAAAGGCAAUUGUCAAACUUUGUUAGGAAAAGAAGCUGCAACAAAACUUAAUGUAUUAAGAGUGGGGCCCGUGAAUGCAGUGAGUUCCAAAACUAUUGAUACUUCAAAUUCUGAUAUAUUUUCCAAGUAUAGAAAAUUGUUUGAAGGAAUUGGCCUUUUAAAAGAUUACAAAUUGACUUUGAAUAUUGACAGAACUGUUAAACCAAUUGCUCAACCUCUGCGCCGUAUACCAUAUGCGUUGCGAGACAAAGUAGAUGCAAAAAUAGAUGAAAUACUGAAAGCAGACAUAAUCGAAAAAGCGCCUGAAGGUCCAAGUACCUGGAUUUCGCCUUUAACUGUAGAUCAUAAAAAGGAUGGAGAUAUUAGAAUUUGUGUUGACAUGCGCCGAGCUAACCAAGCCAUACUCCGUGAAAGACAACCUAUACCGACUGUUGAAGACUUACUCCACGACUUGAGCGGAAGCGCCGUAUUUUCGAAGUUAGAUCUGAAAUGGGGGUUUCAUCAAAUAUUGCUUGAUGAGAGAUGCCGAUAUAUCACAACGUUCGUAACUAAUAAUUGGAAUUUUUAGAUACAAAAGACUUAUGUUUGG